AUGAACCUCUGGAGAACAGCCCGUUGUGGUGGACUCACACUAGACAAUGCAGAUGUGGAUGUGGGCACACAAGAAGAUGAUGUUGGGGAUGUUGAGGAUCUGGAUGAUGAAGUUCCACAGACUAAUGAUCCGGAAGGCAACACAAUAGUAGCUGCUGUUAUUAACCGUGACCGUCCUGAGUGGUUAAUUUCUGAUCUUUAUCCAGAGAGACUUAUAAUCAGCAAAGAUUCUCACUAUCCAAGCAAAUUCUCUCGUUUUUAUGCUUGUGAUUGGCAAACCGGGCACAUGUACGCUUUUUCUCCUGCUCAAGGAGAGCUCCCAAAACAUAUCCCUUUAAGUCCUGAUUGCAGUCCCACUACAAGGAUGAAGCAACAAGUAUACGUUGGGAUUGAAAACAUGAAAAGUACACACAGAGUUCUUUCAAUCUUUCAAAAUCACACUGGGGACGAGGAAACCACGAACGGCACUGCUUUUGCAGUUUCACAGCAUAUGCUUCUAACAGCAGGCCAUAUGCUUUCUUUGGUCACUUUUAAAGAUGGGAAAACCAUGAAGUGGCAAUUGAAGGAGGUGCUAGUUUAUGCAGGGGAAUUUGUGCCCAUUCAAAAAGUUCGUGAAUUUGGUUUUCGCUGCACAGUUCAAGGAAAUGCCACCUCUGUUUACAGUACCAGGAAGGAGUGCCCUGAACUUGGAUCUGACAUAGCGCUUCUUAAAGUGGAGGGAACGACUCUACCAUGCUUUCUUUUACCUUCUUCGCCACAAAAGGACUUGCCUCUCACGGUAUUUGGGUACCCUGAUGCUGUUGGCUACUUAAGACGAGCAACGCGAGAGUUAAAACAGAGUGCUAAUCCAGAAAAUGGUGGGCUUUGGAGUGUCUAUUGGCGAGUCCUGUGGGACAAUAUUCAGGAGUGGACGUCACAAUACGAGGGUGAUCUAAAGCGUGCUGAAGAAACAGCUAAGAAAUGGCUUCUUGAACAAUUUCAAACCGUUCUGCGAGGAAUACCGGAUGGGGCUCAAUGUGUUUCUGCUGGAUUUGCUGAAGCACUUACAUCAUGCUUUGUCGGUCAUACUUGUCCCACCGUACCAGGUGUUUCAGGGGGUGCCAUUUCACCCAUGGAAAGUCCAGGUUAUUUCGUAGCAGCUCAUGCUGGGGCCUUAGACAUCAACCAAAACUGUGGAACGUCCACAGAUAAUCCAGCCUUCGUGGAUCAGUAUCUAAAAUUUGUGUUGCAAGAUCUUCCGACUCCAGAGUGGGCAUUGUACACAAGGGCAGAUUUUAGCAUAAGGCCAUUUCUCGCUUGGUUACACACUCAUAAGGCGAUGCUCCCUCCAUCUUCUCCCUGGGUGAAGCAUCUGCAGCAGCAGCUGAUGGUUGUCCCUGCUAACGAGCAGCAGGUCGAGCGACCAUCAAAAAGAAGAAAGUUAGAAGACACUCUGUUCAAUAGAUAG